UUCUGGCCUUCUUUGACGGAUCGUCCGUCCGAUCUAGCUCCGAGCGCAACUGUUAUUGAUUCGACGUCGGAAAUCCCAGAUUAGAGUUGGCUGUGCAGGAUGGCUGCGAUCAGCAAAUGGACGGUCUCCGAGGUAUGGCCGGACGGUCAAAAGCACCACCCCCCCACAAGAAACACGAGAGAGAAAGAAUUGUCCCUCACCAUGCCUUGGCCUCUCAGCCGUAUGUCGAUGUAGCAGGAACCUUACUGGAGGGUCCAUUCUAUGACGAAGCCCGCAAUGAGCUCCGCUUCGUCGACAUCUGGGAAGAGAAGCUGUAUUCGCUGGACCUGGCUCAGGGGCCCAGCUCACUCCGGAUCCUCGACACGUCGACGUCGAUCGGAGUGACAGCCAAUAUCGCGGAUCCGACCGACUCUUACGAGGGCCAGGUCGUCGUAGCUGCGAAACACGGCUAUGCACUCCUCAACCGCACCACAGGCGAGCUGUCAUAUCUCGCCAAAGUCUGGGAUGAACAAAAGGACGCGGCAAAGGCGCACCGGAUGCGUUUCAACGACGGAGCGGUCGACAGCCAAGGACGGUUCUGGGCGGGGUCAAUGAACGACAACAAAGUGCAAGAGCCCGUCAACGAAGGCGUUCUGUUCCGUCUAGACCCCGAUCUGACGCUGCACCGGAUGGUCGAGCAAGUGACGAUUCCCAACGGGAUUGGGUGGAAUGCCGCGGACGACACGAUGUACCUGACGGACUCGCCGACGGGCAAGAUCUACGCGUUUGACUUUGACGCCCCCUCGGGGACCAUCCGCAACCGGCGCGUGUACUUCGACCUCCAGGACGAGCCCAAGGUGCCCGAUGGGUUCGCCAUUGACGUGGAAGGCUGCAUCUGGAGUGCGAUCUACGGAGGCGGUAAGGUCAUCCGUAUCUCGCCCGAGGGGCAGGUCAUUGGCGAGGUGUUGCUGCCCACCCGGAACAUCACCUGUGCGGCCUUUGUGGGCACCGAGCUGUUCAUCACGACGGCCAAGGACGAGACUGAUGAUGCGGCGCUGCCGAACUCUGUUCGGUACGGGGGGCGACUGUAUCGGGUUGACGUGGGGGUUCGUGGACAGGCCAAGAAUGCGUUUCGCCUGGAAAAGUGAUCUGACCGAUCUUACCUAGUAUAUAAGUUGAUGAAGACUGUGGAAACGUUAGAUUGCGUCGCAGUUAUAUGAAGGAACUUACAAG